AUGAGUUCAUCAAAACACCUAAUCAAAACCUUAAUCAAGAAUCCCACUCGAAUCAAAUCCAAGUAUCAAGCCAAGCAGCUUCACGCACAGUUCAUCAGAACGCAAUCUCUGUCUCACACUUCUGCUGCAAUCGUAAUCUCCGUUUACACCAACCUUAAACUCUUGCACGAAGCGUUGCUUCUUUUUCAGACGCUCGAGUCUCCACCUGUACUCGCAUGGAAGUCAGUCAUCAGAUGUUUCACAGACCAGUCCUUGUUCUCUCGCGCAUUGGCUUCGUUCGUCGAAAUGAGAGCUUCUGGGAGAUGCCCAGAUCACAAUGUUUUUCCUUCUGUCCUGAAAUCGUGUACGAUGAUGACGGAUUUGAGAUUGGGUGAGUCUGUUCAUGGGUGUAUUGUUAGGCUUGGCAUGGAUUGUGAUUUGUAUACGGGAAAUGCGCUCAUGAAUAUGUAUGCUAAGCUUCUUGGUAUGGGUUCAAAGAUUAGCGUCGGUAAAGUGUUCGAUGAAAUGCCUCACAGAAAGUUUGAUUCCGAAGAAGUUGAUGAUAACGGAAAAAGUUCACAUUUUGACGGAAGUUCGGGUUCGUAUCGUGUUGCCACGGAAUCCGUUGAAUCUGUUAUGAGCUGUAGCGAAGAUUUACAGGCUGAAACUUGCGUUGGUUAUUAUAAUGGAAGCCGAGUAAAUGCUCUAAGCACUUUGCCUUUAGGAAUAGAUAGUGUGAGGAAAGUUUUUGAAUUGAUGCCUAGAAAGGAUGUUGUUUCGUGGAAUACUAUCAUUGCAGGGUAUGCACAAAGUGGAAUGUAUGAAGAUGCUUUGAGAAUGGUUAGGGAGAUGGGAAGCAAUGAUUUAAAGCCUGAUGCUUUUACUUUGUCAAGUGUUCUUCCGAUAUUUUCUGAGAAUGUGGAUGUUACUAAGGGAAAAGAGAUUCAUGGGUAUGCGAUUAGGAAAGGGAUUGAUGCUGAUGUAUAUAUUGGGAGUAGCUUGGUUGAUAUGUAUGCAAAAAGUGCUCGGAUUGAAGACUCGGAAAGAGUGUUUUUUCACCUGUCUCGUAGGGAUAGUAUCUCAUGGAACUCACUUGUAGCUGGGUAUGUACAGAAUGGUAGAUAUAAUGAAGCGCUGGAAUUAUUCAGGCAAAUGGUUACCGCAAAGGUUAGGCCAGGACCUGUGGCAUUUUCAAGUGUGAUGCCUGCUUGUGCUCACCUAUCCACCUUGCACCUCGGAAAACAACUUCACGGAUAUGUAGUAAGGGGUGGCUAUAGCGAUAACAUAUUCAUAGCUAGUGCACUAGUGGAUAUGUACUCGAAAUGUGGGAAUAUUAAGGCUGCUAGGAAGAUUUUUGACAGGAUGAAUGUACAUGACGAAGUCUCAUGGACAGCUAUCAUAAUGGGGCAUGCGUUACAUGGUCAUGGGCAUGAAGCAGUUUCCUUGUUUGAGGAAAUGAAACGGCAAGGAGUGAAACCGAAUCAAGUGGCAUUUGUUGCUGUAUUAACUGCGUGUAGUCACGUGGGGUUGGUUGAUGAGGCGUGGGGCUAUUUCAACAGCAUGACUAAGGUUUAUGGUUUAAACCAGGAGUUAGAACAUUAUGCAGCUGUAGCGGAUCUUCUAGGCCGUGCAGGGAAGCUGGAAGAAGCAUACGAUUUCAUUUCAAACAUGCGUGUUGAACCUACAGGUAGCGUCUGGUCUAACUUAUUGUCUUCUUGCAGCGUUCACAAGAAUCUUGAGCUAGCCGAGAAGGUAGCAGAGAAGGUAUUCACUAUUGAUUCUGAAAACAUGGGAGCUUAUGUUCUGAUGUGCAAUAUGUACGCAUCUAAUGGGAAAUGGAAAGAAACGGCGAAACUGAGAUUGAGAAUGAGGAAAAAAGGAAUGCGGAAAAAGCCAGCUUGUAGUUGGAUCGAAUUGAAAGACAAGACUCAUGGGUUUGUUUCAGGAGAUAGAUCGCAUCCGAAUACGGAUAGAAUCAACGAGUUUCUUAAUUCUGUAAUGGAACAGAUGGAGAAAGAAGGGUAUGUUGCAGACACAAGCGGCGUGCUACACGAUGUAGACGAGGAGCAUAAGCGAGAGCUUCUGUUUGGACACAGCGAGAGAUUGGCUGUUGCAUUUGGUAUCAUCAGCACAGAAGCUGGCACGACGAUUAGGGUCACUAAGAACAUAAGGAUUUGCGAGGAUUGUCAUGUCGCGAUCAAAUAUAUUUCGAAGAUCACCGAGAGAGAGAUUAUCGUUAGGGAUAACAGCAGAUUCCACCAUUUCAACCAUGGAAGCUGUUCUUGUGGAGACUAUUGGUAA